CGGUAGCCUGCUGGAUUCCUCUCCCCAUAUAGUACCAGGUAGUAGGUACCUAACCUACCGGUAGCCAUGUAUCUUCCAUGUACACAUGUACCUUAGGUACACAUUCCUCCUCCUCCUCUCCUCCUCCUCUACCCGCCGCCCGCCGCCCGCCUCUCCACCACCCGAUAGCCUUGACGAUGGACAUCAUCACUAUCCACUUCUCCCCUUCCUCCCUUUCGCAUCGUACCUAACUUCAACAAACGUCUCCUUUUCCCUUUUUCUUCCUAGGCCGCCUACUCUUCAGCUUGAUUCUAACCCGACACGCCACACGCCUUCUUCUGGUCGGUCUUGUCUUUCUUUUCUAUAUUAAAUUUCCCCGGCCUUGAUACUUUUUCACGUGCCCUGUUGUACCCGACGAGACGGCAAGCUUCUGAAUCGACCUCCUUACAUAAAAGGUGUGACUAUAAGCUGUCUAGCAGCAUCGCCGUCACUUCCUGCGCCUCCCCUCUUCAUAGGUCGUCUUUUGCGUAAA